AUGGCCUGGAGCUCGAGCGGAUUGCCGUAUGUGCUCGCGGGAAAACACGUUGCGUCCACUCAAGCAGUGCUAACCGCUCCCAACCUACAGGUCGGCCCGUACUGCGUCUUCGACUCGUUCCGGCCAUCCUUGAGCCCCCAGCCGAGCGGCACCCACCCGCCGCACACGGCCAGCAAAGCGAAGAUGGAGGACCCUUUGAUGGCGAGCGCGAUCCAGUUCGAAGCAGCUGGAAUACGUCCACCAUGGCUCACUACCGCACCCGAUGACUUGCCGCUGCCCGCGCCGAGCGAUAAUGUCGCGGCGCCCAGUUGGAAUGACUUUAUGACAUGGGACCCCAACGUGUCUCAGGGGCCUGACUUGAAGCUUAGUGGCCCCGCCUGCCCUCUGAAGCCUGAACUCCAGCGCCCUCCGCUCUUCAACCGCAGACAUAAUUCACACUUGCGCGACCCCUCCCUCGCCGUACAGGGCAGCAACCCGCCUUCCACCGCUGCCAUGCCACACAAUGCACCCUUCACCUUCGGCGAAAAUUCCGAUCUGCCACCUGCUUUCGACUUCGACGGUCAAACGCUUAGCUCUCCGCCGGUUGACGGCCAACAUCACGGCAACUUCUACCCGACUCAGAUGGCGUGGCCGCAACAAAUGGGCGAGAAUACGCUGUUCUCACCUCCUAGAUUUGAGCCCACCGCUCUCCCGUCAGCUUCCGUGCCGCCGCUGUCGAAUCCCCCGAGCCUGCAUCACAGUCACAGCCCAAGCUCAAUUCACAAUGCAAGGACCAGCUCUUCAUCAGGCCACACAACACCAGAACCCACAUCCGACAAUCCCAAGAAGCGAAAGUCGUCGACCGACGAGGACUCAGCACCAUCAGGGAAGAAAGAGAAGCAUCAACCGCCCAAGAAGACAGCGCACAACAUGAUCGAGAAACGUUAUCGAACAAACCUUAACGAUAAGAUCGCGGCACUGCGCGACAGUGUACCGAGCUUGAGGGUAAUGUCUCGUGGGGCUGGCGCAAACGAGGAGGAUGAUGAUCCCGAGGACCUCGAGGGUCUCACGCCAGCUCACAAGCUUAACAAGGCCACUGUGCUGUCCAAAGCAACCGAGUACAUUCGACAUCUCGAGAAGCGAAACAAACGUUUACAAGAUGAAGUCACAACGCUGCAGGGACGAAUAGAGAGAUACGAGAAGAUGGCAAUCUCUGGACCUAUGACACUGCACGGCCCAAUGGGUACACCGGAUGGCGGCAGGUAUCAACAAGAUGACCCCUUCACACCUUCACAUAGCAUGUCCAUGUCUGGACCACCUCAAGGAAUGAUUCCAGUGCCGGAGCACAUUGCACAGAUGCGCCAGGGUCUUCCACCACAACCACACUAUGCAGCCGCAUACCCGUCUUAUGCCGGUGGCUCGCGUCCUGGCCCACCUAUGGUCAACGGCCGCCGGAACAACAGUAUGGUGGGCAAGCUCAUGGUUGGAUCUCUUGCCGGUCUCAUGAUACUAGAAGGACUCGUGGAGCGAGAGCAGUCACAAGAGGAGUCCGACGGCCGCGGACUGUUUGCUUUGCCUUUCAACUUCGCUGCUAUCCUCUCUCCUCGCGUUUCUCUGGGCGCUACCAGCGCACAAUUCCCCCUGGCCAAGCUCUUACUGAUAUUUGGCGCCGUCUUCUGGAUCAUCGCGCCGAUGUUCGACUUUAGCACAAAGCCUAAGAAGAAGACAGCGAGUACGAUACUUCUCGCUCGUGCACCUUCGCUAGCAUCACCCGUGGAGGUACGGCAACGGGCAUGGCUUACGGCGAUACAGACCGUAUGGGUACCUCGACACAACUUUCUUCUUGAAGUGGCAGCUUUGAGCCUCAAGACAUUGAAACUUAGCACACGCAAGAUCAUCGGAUGGCCAUACUACGCCUUCCUCUCCGGUACAACAAAAGAGCAGGAAGCUGCAAGAGUCAAGGCCUGGACCAUCGCAUUGGAUGCACAACUUACAGGUGGUGAUGCUGAGAUCAGCAAGAGCCGGCUGAUUUUGACCCUCAUGGCAUCUGGCACAUUGCCAGACACGCCCGCGCGACUAAUGCUUAAGUCUUUGCAUCUACGGGUACUCCUGUGGGAGCUUGCCAAUGCAGGCCACGGCCUUUCUUGGAUCAUGGGCCAUCUGAGCGCUAAAUUGGCUCGACGAUACUGGAAUAUGGCUCGGACCGAGCACCGCAUUGCAAUCAACCUUGCGACGAAACCGCAUAGCGACGCCGAACCACUUCCGGACUAUUUGGCUGCAUUGCUGGAAGAGGAAUGCGAUGAAAUUUUCGACUUCCAGAUCAUUCAGCGCGCGUACAACCUGGCUUGGAAUCGCCCUGUCGCGGAACAAACAACUGCGGAUCCUUGCAUGGACGGAGUAGUCGGAGACUUUGCCAUCUCAUCUCCAUUGGAUGCACUGGCAGCAUGGUACUCUAGCUUCCUACUGAGACAGACGUUGGCCGAGUCUCUGAAGGACGGAAAGAUCACAGAGUCGAUCGGUGACGCGCUAAACUUGGCUGCCCGUACUGCUCCUCCAAACUCCCAAGCGCAUCUACGAGCACUUGUCGCGAAAGCUGUAGUACUUGACGAUGACAGGACAGCCCACAUCGCCACUGCCUUUGCUGCGCUACCGACACCUCCAUCGACCACAUCAUCUUCUAAGACAGCACUGAUGAAUCUGGUGUCUGGUGCUCCAGCGGCAAUUGACGUUCGGAAAGCGCUUACUCUGGCGAAAUGCCUCACGCUGGUCGACUCUUCCAACCUUGAGGCCCGCCGCCAGGCCAUCUUCGUCGUGAACAACACAUAUCUCUCCGAGGCUACAACUACAUUACUCAGCUUUGUUGCUGGCCACAAAAUCCUCGAACGGUUCGUCCAAGACCCUGCACUGCAGGCUGAGACUACCCAUGGCCUCGAGCGUCUCGCUGGAUCACUUCGCAUUUGGGUGGGACAUGACACGGGCCGUCGUAGCGGUCUUGAUAACAAGACUCGGGGACGCAUCGUGAAGCGGUACACAGACGCGAGCAGAAUGCUUGUCGGUCUAGCUGACCGGGAAGAUUUCGAUCCCGGUUACUUCAGCUCCAGUGUCAAGGAUGACGAUACUUCUUCUUGA